ACACAGAAGCAGAAAAAUAUAGAAGCAUUGUGAUUCAUCCAGUGUUUGCCAGAAGACAUGGUGUGCGAGUGUGACGUGGAGAAGAAGAAAAAAGAGCGGGCGGUUCACGUGGUUCUUCAGGUGGACCUUCACUGCGACGGAUGUAUCUCGAGGAUCGUCAGAUUAGCCGGUUGUUUGGAAGGAGUUGAAACUGUGAGAGCAGAUCCUGUUUCGAACAAGCUCACUCUCAUUGGGUUCAUGGAUAAAUUGCAGAAGAAGACCAAUAAGAAGAUCGAGCUGCUAUCUCCAAAGCCCAAGAAAGAUACUUCCAAACUAAACAACCACGCUAAGGCUGAUGUCAAGACUACUAUGAUCGCUGUGAGCACAGUGAGCCUGAAGUUGAAUUGUGCAUGUGACGGUUGCAUCACGAGGAUUCACAAAACUAUCUCCAAGACCAAAGGUGUCUACCAGGUGAAAAUAGACAGAGAGAUGGAAGUAGUUAGUGUCACCGGGACGAUGGAGGUUAAGACUGUGACAGAGAAUCUGAAAAGGAAACUGAAGAAAACCGUCCAGGUUGUGCCUGAGAAGAAGGACAAGAAGAAAGAGAAUGCAGAGGGAAUCUCCAAAUCCGGGUCUCCAGGCCUGCCAUGCUACGGUUUCAAUUAUGGGCUUGGACCUUACGGUUUCUUGGGAGGCCCAAUCACAGAGCUUUUCAGUCGGGAGGAUCCCAACUCUUGCUGCGUUAUGUGAUUUUGAGGCGAUAAAACGAUUGGAGUAUAUCACGGCAAAUAACUAUAGGAGGCGUAUCUAAGGAACAUCAACUGAAAAGAAAAACCGAAGUCAGGAUUCAGGAGGUAGAUGUUUUUGUGCUGGACAUGGACUUAAGACUUAUGUA